AUGUUCAUCUUCCCCCAGCCAAUCGCCAUCAUCUCCCUCUACAAAAUUCCCGUCGCCACGCCUACAACACCUCCAGCGAUUCUCGACCCCGCACAACAACUCCACAACCUUCUCUCCUUUCUGCGAACAACGGCGCAACGAAGCUCUUCCCGGCGAGCAUCUUUCCCGGCGAGCUCUCCUGACCGCGACCAGCCUCCUCCGGCAAGCCCAGUGAUCCUUCGCCGUGACCUAGGAGCCAAGGCGAGCAUUCCGCCGCUGGUUUCUCCGACCCACUGCAACCACGCGAACCAGGUCGCCACCGUCGCCUACCUUCGUUUUUCCGGCAGCCGCUGCAAACACCGCGAGUGGGAUUCUGCCCAGCUGCUCGCGUGCCAUCACUCCCAGCCGCGGGAACAACACAGCAUCACCGUGUCAGGCCGCUGCUGCCUCUCGAGCCUGAUCGCCGGCGACAUCUGUGAACGCCCAUCCGCCAGCCACCCUUUUUUUCCAUCGGGGCAAUGGUAUUUCGGGCAGAGAUCCAAAUCCAAGAAUGAUAGAUCUACACAAACCAAGGGAGAUCUAAAGGAUCAGAUUAUUGGGCAACAACACGACCUCGGACGGCGUGGACGCACGGACUCAGCUACGGACAUGCGAGGGCGGAUGCGUGGCUCGCAUGGACUAAGGCGAUCAAAAGUGGUUAGGUCUCCUUGGCGAUGGAAGGAUGUUGUUGUUCUUGAGGGAGGGGUGUCGCUGCUGGGCUCAUCGUGCGUGGUGGCAGGUGCUCGCGAGGGCGUGCCGACAGCUUCUCGAGCGUGGCUGGGGAUCUGCUCCCGAUGUCUUCCUCUCAUGCUCAAACUCUCAUCUCGUUUUCUCUCGAACCCGACCAUCGUCCCUUCUCUCUCUCGCUCAAUCCGCACGCUCCUUUCUUCUCCGUCACUCGAUCUCCAUCCUGUACCUCAGGCCGAACUUCCGGCGACCCCUGUUCGUGAGCUCCGGCGAACCUGCUCCUCUGUUGACAAGCAACAGUACACCGACGCAAUCCUCGCGAAGCGUCAGAAGAUUGUGGUGGGGCAUAGGGGGUUAUUGCCUGAGAUUGGGUGCACGCUUGUAAAUUCUAUAAAGGUAAAGCAUGAGAUGAAGCCUUAUCAUCUUACAGAUGCUAUGCUUGUUUGGAGGGCAUUUAACGGAGUCGAAGGGAAUUGGUAUGCUUUAGCUGAUGCUUCGAGCACUGGUCCGUGCCGUGGUGUAAACAUUGUAUGUACCAUCCCAAUGUUUUUGCCAAAUAGUGGUAUCAAGAGAGCUAAAGCAAAGAAAAAGAAGAAAAAGGCAACUCGAAUUAAUCUAGAGAAAUCAGGCACUGAACAAACUUUGGAAAAUGUUCCUGCGAGGGAAAAAGAGAUAGAGAAGAAGGCUCAAAGCUCUCCGGAAAAUCCAGAGGAAGUUCCCGAAAAGAGAGGUGACAAAAGGUCACAAUCAGGCCAGAUUGUAACCAAUUUGACAGUGAUGAAUCCUCCAAAAAAGUUUGUAAUCUAUAAGAGCUUGCUCGGCAGACCACUUUUCCGUGACUGCAGCAGUGAAAGUUCGGGUGGCGAAAAUUAA